AUUUUGAUAUUGAAUCGAUUCAUUCUGAACUAUGUUCAGUUUCUUCAAAAUCAUCAUAUAUUUCAGAUGAUGGAUUUGUUGUUCUUGAUAAAAAAUAUUCAAAUUGUAAUGAAAAAAAAUGUAUUUGUAUUAGACUAAAUAAUAUUUUACCAAAUUAUAUUACUAAACAAAAUGCAUUUUUAAUUAAUGGUGUUCCUGUUUUUGAGAAUGAAGAAUUAUGA